GUUAGUUAAUUUGUAAAUAACUCUUCAAAAGAAAGACACGUCAGAAAUUGAUUCAUUUUCUGUAUUUUUUGUUUAGUCUAAACCAGUGCAUAAAAAUAGUUUGACAAUAUGCAGGGCAUGUAUAGUAUGCGGAGUCCAGCUGUUAAAAGGUUGAUGAAGGAGGCUCAAGAACUGAGAGAACCAACAGAACAAUAUGCUUGCCAACCUUUGGAGGAUAACUUGUUUGAAUGGCAUUUCACUAUUCGUGGCCCAGCAGAUUCAGAAUUUGAUGGAGGGCUGUAUCAUGGUAGAAUUAUUUUGCCGCCAGAGUAUCCCAUGAAACCACCUAGCAUCAUUAUACUCACACCGAAUGGGAGAUUUGAGGUGAAUAAGAAGAUAUGUUUAAGUAUAUCAGGUCAUCACCCGGAGUCAUGGCAACCAUCCUGGUCAUUAAGAACUGCAUUGUUAGCUAUAAUAGGGUUUAUGCCGACUCAUGGUGCUGGAGCUCUCGGCUCUUUAGACUACUCACCAGAUGAGAGAAAAAUUCUUGCUAAAAGGUCACAAGAUUAUAAUUGUCCAUCAUGUGGUUGUAUAAAGAAUGUAUUGAAGGAGGUGACGGAGGAAUCCAAGAAAACAACUGAGGAAGCUCGGGAACUGGCGGCACAAAUCAGUUUUAAGGAUGAGAAAGAGAAAAAUGCAGCAUUGAAGUCAACUACUGAAACAUCACCAACAGCUGAACAGGAAACACCAGUAGCAGACGACACAUCUGGAAAUGGAGCAUCAGCAUCACCGUCUGCUGUACCCCAACCUGGUAUGACAUCACAACAAUUUGGUCAGUUUCCUUUCAGAAUGCCAUUUUUCCCUCCAUUUCCACAGAUGAACUCACAGUUUGCAAAUACUGGAGUUAAUACUGCCACACAAGUUCCAAGAUUUCCUCUGCCAUUUGUUUCACCAUUCUAUCCACCAAUGAUGCAGCCAGGAACAUUUCCCAUGCCUCCCAUGAUGCCUGGCAUGCAUGUGCCUCCAUGGCAACAGAAUACAAACAUAACACAACCACAGAGUCCUGCGUCUGCUGCAGUACCACCAAGGGAGACUACUCCAACAAAUAUAGGCAGUUCUGCAGGUCAAGUCAAUAAUUCUGACAAUCAAACCUCUAAUACUGAAACUCCAAGUCCAGCAAAUUCUACAACACAAAAUGAUGAAAAUUCCUCUACAAGCGAAACACCCCUCACAAGUCAGGAUGGACUCCGCCACAGAAAUGUUGCCUCAGCAAGUCAUACAUCGACGAGUCAUACCCAUUCACAUCACAGGAGGUUUGAAGCAGCCAGCACUGAGAACAGGGAGGAUCAACGGGUUGACAGAUUAUUACUUCUGUUUGCUGCGUUUGUUGUUAUUGUAAUAGCAUUGUUGUUAAUAAGAAGACUUUAUAUAAUGAAACUUAUACAGUUUCCUCUAUAAGGCUGAAUAACUUAGAAAACAUACACAAUAAGUAAAACAUAAUAUAUAAUGAUGUACAUAGUACAGUUGUAAACUGUUCAUUACUGGACCAAAACAGAUUAAGAGAAAAUAGAAAAAGAUCUUUACACUUGUAGUAGGACUACUUUUCAAAAGGUUUUAUUGCAAAGAAUUUAUAAUGGUACUAGGAUUUUUUUCUUAUUUUGUCUAUUUUUGUGCAAUAAGAGUUUUAUACUGGAUAUAGUACUUUCCAUUUAUAAAGAUUAGUUUGAGAUAAUAGCUUCAUAUAGGGAUAACAAUAGGAAUAUGUGCCUUGGACAGAUAAGUCUAUAGGUCUGGGACUGAUCAGUCUAUGACUUUUAUGGGUCUUGGACUUUCAAGUAUAUAGGUCUUGAACUGAGAAGUGUAUAAGUAUUAUGGGCCUUUGACCCAUAAGUUAAUGAGCUUUGGAGUCUUAAGUCCUGGACAAGGCUUUUUAGCAUUUUGAGGAUUUUGUUAACACCAGACUUUAUCAAUAAUGUCACGGAACAGCCAUCAGCCUGACAACAGAUUUAUGUGGAGAAAAUAGGGUAGGUACUGGUACUGAAAUGUAACAUGUAUUGCUAAAAUGUAUACAAUAUAUUGGUUUUUGCAUUGACUGUAAAUAUCUCUGUUAAUUUACUAUCCUUCAAUCAUAUUUAGAAUAUAAAAUAUUUAUUUUAGUUUGAUUGUGUUGGAAGCUAUAAGAUUAUUGAAACACUUGAAUCUGUUCCUGGAACCAACCAGUACUAAGCAACCAGUUUAUCACAUUUUGUGUAAUAUGAAAGUCUUUUGCCAAAAUAUUGAUGCAUUGUAAUGUUUUUAUGUUAUAUGCACAUGUAUGUACUCAUUCAGGAUAUUGAAUGAGUGUAGGUUCAAUACUAAAUAUUGUCAAAGUGUUGAAUAAAAUUAUAUUGUGAUGAGUUCAAUAACUUAUGUUUUGAGUUUACACAUGUUUAGUAUAUGCUUGCCUUUUUGCUAUGUUUGUGUAAAGCAAAUGAUUUUACGCUACAUAGUUAUUAUACAAAGUGUUAUAUCUUUUUUAUAAAAUGACUUAAUUAUACUCCUGCACCAUGAUUUAUGUGACAAACUGCUUUAAUCGUCUUUCUUUUUCUUGUUUUGGGUGUAAGUUUUGGCAGCAUCUGUCAUUUUCAACAACAAACAAGUUCACAUUAAUUUUGUUUAUGCUAGUAAUUAAAUGCUUGGUCACAUCACUAAUGAGCCAAAAUGUAAAUCAUGACUUGAGGUAUUUAUAAAAGAAUUCCAAUAGAGAAGUAUACUCGUAACUUCUGUAUAGCCCUAGGCCUGGAUACAUGUGCUGCAUUUUGAAUGUUUUAGAAUCCAACAUGAUUGUAUUUUUGAAAAAAAUAGAUAUACACUUUACGAAAAUUGUAAGUCCUUCAAUUUUCGGCGUAAAUCUCUCCUUAUAUAUGUCUAUUCAAUAUUGAAAUUUUCUAUUAAUUUAAUCUGUCAUUGGUUAGAAUGAUUUUUAAGCAUAGUCAACAAUCCAAAUGCAAACCAAUUUAUAAGUUAAUACAGUCAAAUCUUUGAUAAGUUAUUAUCAUUCUGAAUUGUGAUACAUAUGAAGUUUAAGUCAAGAGUGAACUUUUACUCACAGUGCUAAAAAGUUCUGGCUAGUUUACAUGAUAGAUUAACAUGUAUUAUAUGCUAAGUAUUUCUUUAAUAUAUAUACAUGUAAUUAUACACUGCCUCUGUGGUCGAGGGAUUAGAGUCGAUGACUUUUAAUCCAGUUUCCUCUCUGGCGUGGGUUUGAUCCCCGGGAGAUACUUAGGUAGUUUAGCGCGGAGGAAGGUAGUCUAGUACUGGUGUAACUCUCCAGGAUUGAUGGUUAGGAAACUAACCGCCUAUAUGACUGAAAUACUGUUGGGCAAAGGCGUAAAAUGAAACAAACAAACAAAAACAAAAUAUUAAGAAUAACUUCAUGUACAUGUAUAUAAGAUUAAAAUGUAAUUUAUGUAUUAUUGACAAAUAUGUUGUCAGACAAAUUUAUUUUUUACAGCUAUUCAUCCAUAUUUUAUAUAACAAUAGAUUCAUGAAAUCUGUUGCAAUAUGGAGAUUGAUUUUAAUUGUUCUUAUAAUUGGGACAUCUUAUAUUUCGUGAUAAAUAAGCUGGGAAUGUGAAUAAGUUUAUAAUAUUUACAUCGGAGGCCUAUUCUCAAAAUGUACAUACUAUCCUUAAAGAUUAAAAUGUUCAAGUUUGAAGACAAUGCUUUCAAAAUAACAAAGUUAUGGCCACUAAUAGCAAAAAUCAAGCAAAAUUAGGGCAUUUGACCUUUAAGGUCAGGUUAUUUAUUGAUGAAGGUCAAGGUUAGUCUGGUCUACUGAAAUGUCUUGUCCAAAGGGUUGUUGUGGCAAAGCAUUAAGACAAUACACCAAUAAUUUAAAAAAUUAUGAUCAAGGUACAAGUUUGCAGACAGGAAUGGCAACACUGACAUGACUGUAAUAAUACCUCUUUUUUUUUCAAAAACAAAGUUGAGCUAAUAAAAUGAUGAAGAGUGAAAGGAUAGCUAGGCAAAAAUUUUUGAUAUCUAUAAUUACACUGUAUGUAACACAUUUUCAUCACUAAUUUAAAUUUGGAGUAAUUGGUCUAGACUAUUGGACAAGUUAAUGUUGAAUGUCACCAGUUAAUAUUAUCUUGAUUAUAAUUAUGAUUACACCAUUCAUCAUUUCUGUAUUUUUGGUUGUUUUUCAUUAUUACUUUGUUAUACAUAUGCAAUAUUUGUCAUAUCAAGUGCUUCAACGGCCUUUGAUGAAAAUAUUCAUGAUUUGCUGAAUUUAUCUGUAAUUGAAUUGGACCUUACUCGCUUACUUUUGUUUGUUUUGUUUACAUAAAUUAUGUCUUACUUUUACGUGUACAUAUACAUUAUAUUAUGUGUUUAUUUUGAUUGUACAUUUGUGUGACAAUUAUUUUUUUCUUGAAAGUAAACAUUAAAGUUUGACAGCUGCAUCAUCAUGUAAUGUAAAUUACUCAACUGAUAAUAUUUCAUACAGUCAUAUUGUAUAUAAAUAAAUCAGAGAAAACAAUUGGGAUAUUUUACAGAGGAUCAUUGAUAAGCCGGAAUGAUUUUCAUGUUAAAUACAUUUCAUUGAAUGUUGCCGUCACCAGUUGAUGAGACUGUUUAUAUAAUUAUUCAUUAUAACAUUUUGUCACAUGUUGUGUUGUAAAUAUUCACACUGGGAUAUUUAGUGAAUAAACUUCAAACUUGGAGAUGAAAUAUAGGUAUCAAUCUUCUGUUUUAGUAACGCACUAUGUUGGUUUUGUCGUGACGCGGCUCAAAUAUUAACAAGCACUGUUCAGUUUACCCCAGAACAUUUAUUUCACAAUGCUUUAGGUUUUGUACUGUAACAUGUAAUUGCUAUACAAUGAUUGGUGACAAGUUUAGGGUUUUGUUGCGAAAAAUGUUUUGUUUUCUUAUAUUACUGAUUUCUUUAUUUUUUAUAUCUUUAAAUUGUGUUAUUUUUAAAGGAGUUCGGGAUAUUUUGUUGGUGACAUCAUAAAUAUUUUAUUUUAAAAAUUUGAUGACAUCAGAAACAGAAUUUUACUUUUUUUCCAUAGAUAAGAGCAGCGAUUGUUAUUGUUCUCUGGUCGGCAUGUAAAUAUUUUUGUCAAAAAAUUAUUCUAUCUUGUACAGUGACGCAAAAAAAUUGUUUGAUAAAAUUAUUUACAUGACGUUUUGUUUAACACUAUUUUAGCUGAUGUCGAGGUUGUUAUAUGUUAAUGUUAUUUUCAUACUUGGGGAAAUGUUAAUUUUGUCUUGUAUUGUUAUCCAUUAUUAAUGAAAUCCAAGUUAAAUAAACUUUAAAACAUG